AUGAUCUCCUCGCUGAGGAGAGUUAUCCCACGUUCUGUCCGGUCCUUGGCAUCCGUAUCUUCUAGCAAUGUGGGCCCUUUCACCGUGUUCGACCGGAAAGCAAAACAAUUACAACGCGACCGAGCUGUGGCAAAGGACGGUGGAAAGUCCAGUACUACCGUCGACUACGUGAGGGACGAAGUGGCUGACAGGCUUUUGGAGCGACUGGAGGACAUUAAAAGAAAGUUCACCACGAUCGUUGACCUAGGCUCCGGACCCGGUCAUUUCGCAAGAUUACUUGGUCCAGAGAAUGCAACAAAAUGCAUUAUGAUAGAAUCAAGUGGUAUAAUGUUUGACUUAUUUUAUGAAUACAGCGUAUUAACAGUACCAGAAAAGACACUCUAUCGCGAUCCAGACACGACUUUUGACGUUACUGUUGAAAGAAUUCACGCGGACGAGGAGGAACUCCUGCAAGUCGUAGAACCGAACAGUCAAGAAGCAAUUGUCUCAUGUCUGAGCUUACACUGGAUAAAUGACCUACCAGGCAUGCUUGUGCAAAUCAACAAGGCUUUGAGACCCGAUGGAUUAUUUCUUGGAGCGAUGUUCGGUGGUGAAACACUCUUCGAGCUUCGGACGUCCUUACAACUUGCUGAAGUGGAUCGUGAAGGAGGCAUUUCUCCUCAUGUCUCCCCCAUGACCGAUACUCGCGACGUGUCCAACCUCCUCGGACGCGCAGGGUUCACUCUCUUGACUGUCGACAUCGACGAAGUCAAAGUAGCUUAUCCAAGUAUGUGGGAGCUGAUCGAUGACCUUAGAGACAUGGGGGAGAGUAACGCUGUCAUUGGACGACGACAUUUCAUACACCGCGACACGUUGACGGCUGCCUCCGCUAUAUACAAAGAACUUCACGGAAACGAAGAUGGCACCGUUCCAGCUACGUUCCAAGUGAUCUUCAUGAUUGGAUGGAAGCCCGAUCCAUCCCAAGCGAAACCGGUAGAUAAGAAGUCAACUUUGCAGAAUGUGAUAUAAUAGAUGCUGCAACAGAGUUUGAGAUCCUUAGAAACGCGUGGCCGAGAGAAGACCAUGUGAUAUGCAGCGCCGUACUACACCAGCCUGAAGCAUAGUGCUACUUCGUAAACAGGCAAUGCGAAGACAACGUGUAAGUAUGUGUGGUAGGUUGCAAUAGUCUUCUGUCGACUGACUAUAAAGCCAUCUUCGUGGAGCUUUUCCCCUAAUCAUGACAUAUUAUCGAAGUGCGAACCGGUAAGCGACUUGCUCCAUAACUUCG